ACACUUUGUGUAAGCUCAGUCUCACGAUGCUGGGUUUCCCUUGUAGUCACUCUGAACUUCUCGGAGUGGAAUGGUAGAGCGCUAUCUCGUGACCACGUGUGCGUGGUGGGACCGGUUGGCAGGCACUGUUCUGCAGCUGUUGACUGUCGCCGCUUCGCUGUCGUUGACUGUAUGGCGUCCUCUUGCCUCGACGUAGAAGCCGGUGAUCGCACGUCUGUUCUCCCUAAAGCACUGAAGGGAAAAGGUACAGGACGAGAAAAAAAAGUCAUCCAUCCCUACAGUAGGAAAGCUGCUCAGAUUACAAGAGAGUCCCACAAGCAAGAAAAAAAGGAAAAAUUGAAGAAUGAAAAGGCUUUGCGUCUUAACCUUAUUGGAGAAAAACUUCAGUGGUUUCAAAAUCAUCUUGAUCCCCAGAAGCGGGGAUAUUCAAAGAAGGAUGCUUGUGACUUAAUUGAAAGGUAUUUAAAUCGAUUCAGCAGUGAGCUGGAGCAGAUUGAGUUACAUAACAGCAUCAAAGACAGACAGGGGAGGCGGCACUGUUCCCGGGAGACGGUCAUCAAGCAGACGAUGGAACGUGAGCGGCAGCAGUAUGAAGGAUACGGCCUGGAGAUUCCAGACAUUAUUACAGCAAGUAACCUGAAGACAUUUAGGGAAUGGGAUUUUGAUCUGAAGAAACUGCCAAACAUUAAAAUGAGAAAAAUUUGUGCUAGUGAUGCCAUUCCCAGGAAGUGCAAGAAGAAAACCACUGUGACCAUAGAUAAAGACUUGGGAGAACUGGACCUGAAAGAUGAAGCAAGUGACACAGACGAGGAAAUGACCGCGGUGGCCUGACUGUCUUCAGUUGGGUUGGAAAUGGAGCUCCAAGUUCCACUCACAGGUUAUGGUAAACAGUCGCAUAGAAGAAUUUGCCAUUUGAUUCUUUUAUGAAAAUCUCGUUUCACAAAUGGUGUGAACCUCUAUUUCAGUGUGGAGGUGGCUUUUCAUUUACAUUAAGUGGCUGAAGCUGUAAUUGGAGUUGUAGGGAGCAAUAUGGGGACAAAAAUGUUUUAAUUUUUUUCCUCAUGUAUUUAGGACUGCUUGAUCUCACAUUUUGUGGAAUGAACAAUGACCUGUUUCCUAUUGAUUACUGUGGAUAUUUGUUGAGUUAGGACAGCAAAAGUGCCUUCCAGUGGUAAUGCCAUACUCACUCUACCCUUAACCGUAUUUUCUUGCUUUGUCAAAGACGGGGAUGGUGUGGUAUGGAAUUGUAUAUUUAUUAUAUAUUCAUUGUCUUCUGAGCCAGAGUGAAAUGGUAAAAUAAUUAAAACUGUUGAUCUCCCACACCUAACCGAAGUCCUUUAUCCCCUUUGUUGAAAGAGACCAGAUUAUUUCAUUAUGAUGGUGUAAUUUUUUUUUUUGUGAAAAGUGAUAGGUUGUAUUUGGAUACAGAAGUAAAGAUUAGAUCACCAAUGAUUGUGUUUUUCUUCCAAGAGAUAGGUUAACUUGAUAUAUAAUUCAGUGUUUCAAAUGUCAUGAAAAAUGACUGUACAAUUUUGUUUAUCGCAGAACUUGUUACAUGCAAGCAUCCUUUAGUCUGAAUAGUAUUUCAGAGAAAACAGUACUGUGUGAGGUUGACUCGGUAUCAACUAUGUUGCUUUGAAUUUAUUUAAGAUAACUUUUUUUCUUGUGAGGUAAAAAUAAAAUUUAUUUCCAUAAUUCA